GUCAGAUACAUAGAGGUGCGUUCUUUCGGCUUUGGAAGUAAGAGGAGCAUGCUCACAGUCUGAGCAAUGGCAAACCUUCAGAUGAGUCCGAGAGACGAGAUGGUGGCGCGGUUCCUCGAUGCGGCUGCCAGGGGAGACGUGGCGAAGCUGUCUGCGAUGAUUUCUCAGUCUAGCUCCUUGGUCGAUGAAAGUGGGCAGAAUGGUUGGACAGCACUGAUGCUGGGUGCUAGAAAUGGCCACUUUGAGGUGGUGAACACUCUGCUCUCCAAAGGCUGUGAUAAAUCUUUAGUAAACAAAUCCGGUCAAACAGCCUAUGAUAUUGCCAAAUUCUGGGGGCAUAAACACAUUGCCAGUUUGCUGGCCAACAGCAAAGAUGGUAACAGUCAUUGGUUGUUGCCCAGCAGUGGCUUAGCAGGACAUGAAAACUACUUCAGUAGGGAAUUUUUGAACAGAAUGAGUGAGAAGAGGACUGACAGUGUGUGGCUGGAGGCGAAACAGUCCUCUCCAGACACUGUCUACAUUCUCUUCUUCAACCUUAACCCGCUUGUCACGUUGGGCCCAGACGAAACAAGUGAUAGCAAACCAGAUAUUAAACUGUGUCGACUCAGUCACGGAUGUAUCAAAGAAUUGCUGGGGAGCCCGGGAACGACUUCAGUAUUCCUGGGGGUUGAGAAGACGGUGAAAUGUACUCCUCCAUCGCCACCAAAAGAUGAGGAUGGACUUAUAGUUUGGUUCGCCCUGAACACAGACAACAACCCCAUGGAACAUCUUAAACUCCCAAAUCCAAACAGCUUCUUUCUCAAACCGCCCAUGCCAGGACUGUUAAAGUUAGGGGCAGAUGAGGCUGGGGUUGUUGCCCAAGCCAGAGCAGUCUUGACCUGGCACAACCGGUAUAGCUUUUGCCCAACAUGUGGGAGCAGAACAAAGGUAGAUGAGGGUGGACACAAAAGGACCUGUUUAAAAGAAGACUGCAGAAGCCUCCAAGGAAUCCAUAACACAUGUUAUCCGCGAGUCGAUCCAGUGGUUAUAAUGCUGGUUAUUCACCCUGAUGGAAACCAGUGUUUAUUGGGCAGAAAAAAGACAUUUCCUGCUGGAAUGUUCUCCUGCCUCGCUGGAUUCAUUGAGCCAGGAGAGGUGAUUGAGGAUGCUGUGAGGAGAGAGGUGGAGGAGGAAAGUGGUGUCAAAGUUGGCCCUGUCCAGUAUGUGUCUAGUCAGCCAUGGCCGAUGCCCUCCUCUCUUAUGAUUGGUUGCCUGGCUGUUGCAGUAUCAACAGACAUAAAAGUCGAUGGAAAUGAAAUUGAAGAGGCUCGCUGGUUUACACGGCAACAGGUCAUCGAUGUCCUCAUGAAGAGUGGGCAGCCAGCUUUCAGCAUGCCACCAAGACAAGCAAUUGCGCAUCAGUUGAUAAAGCACUGGGUUGGUAUGAGCGCUAACCUGUAACCUCAACAGUGAUCGCAGGUGCUCAGGACAAUUGUGACCGAACAGUUUGCAGUGUGUUCAGAAGAGUAUAGAUAAAAUGUGAUUGACACAUUUUUUUUUUUUUAAUGGCAUUAUGAAUUUGAUUAGCAGUCAGUGGACACAAGAGAUCCAACAUAUAAUGAAUUGACCAUGAUAGCAGUGUCUUACCAGUGGUAAUCUUGAAGUUGUUUUUUGAUUUAAUAAUUCAGCAUAUACAAGAUAUUUUUCAAAAUUAAAAUACAAUUACAAUUAAUGUGGGUUGCUUGGCAUUAUGUAUAGUGAGGUUAUAGGCAAGUAUGUUUUCUUUAAUGAAUGUUAAAGGGGCCAUGAAAAUUGAAGCACACAAUACUGUAAACACC